AUGCUGACACAGUGCAACGGCGAGGUGACACUUGUCACAUCCUGUUUCGUGUUGCAGCAUGAAGACUUGUCAGACAAUUCAGACCGUCUGACCUUGGCCCAAUUUACAGAUGCUUGCCGGGAGGGCCAGCUUGAGGACGUCGAAGCAUUGCUGCACCGGUUGGACCCAAGUUGUGACACAGUCAGGCGUGCAUUCCAUGGGGCAAUUAGCUUAAGACGUCUGAAGAUUGCCAGGCUCUUGUUGGAGGCACAUGUGAAUGUAAACUCUACGAUCAGAGAGGCACAUGGUCCUAGUACAGCCUUGAACAAGGCAUGCAGAAGGCUCCAGCCUGAGUUGGCGCAGGCCUUGCUGGAGAACAGUGCUGAUGUGAACCAAGCAAACCAGGGAAAGUCGCCCUUGCAUGUCUCGCUCAAGCUGCCACACCUGAAGCUUCAUUUCAAGGAUGAUGGACAACACAGGUUGAUUGUUGACAGAGGCCUUUCGGACAGGCUUGUGGAAGAGGGGAUUCUCCGCCUUCGUUCUACGAAGUUCCGAGGUCGAGGUCAUAAUGGCUGGUCGAAUGAAGAGGACGGUCUGCGCUACCCCGGUUUUCCUUUUGACCAAGAGUACGACGAGCUUCAUCGCGUUGCCAGCGAAUCCAUUGAUAGGCAUCUGGAGGUUGCAAGACUAUUGCUGAGCUCCCGGGCCGACGUGAACGCUGUUGAUCCGGAUGGUGAGACUGCCUUGAUAUCGGUGAUGAGACAAGGACAGGACAGGUUUCAACAUGCCAGUGUCGUCGAGUUCUUGCUGGAGAACCGUGCUGAUGUGAACCAACCAAACGGAAAGGGAAAGUCGCCCUUGCAUGUCUGGCUUGAGCAAGAGCUGCCAUACGUGCAAAGGGUUUUCAAAUUUGGCCAAGACAUGUUGAAGGUUGGCCAGGACCUUGUGGAAAGUAAUAAGUUCCGAUUCCAAGUUGCAUAUCCUCGCUACCACAGUCAUGAUUACGAUCGAGAGGCCGAUCUCCACGUCCACUAUUUCCGUUUUGACCAAGACUUGUACGACGAGCUUCAUCGCAUUGCCAGUGACUCCAGUGAUAGGCGUCUGCAGGUUGCAAAGCUAUUGCUAAGCUCCCGGGCCGACGUGAACGCUGUUGCUCCGGACGGUGAGACUGCCUUGACAUCGGUGAUGAGACAAGGACCCGCCAGGGUAGGGCAGGCCAGGCUCUUCCGGUUCUUGCAGGAGAACGGCGCUGACCUGAACUUUCAGGUUGACCAAGAGACUCCUGAGAAAAGGCCUCGCCUGGCCGAGCCAUCGCGAGAAGGAUUCGGUGGCACACAGUGA